AUGUCAGGCAUCUUCAGCCUCUCAAAGUACCUUCCCCGCGCCUCUCCUCGUCAUGUCCAGCCUUGCGACAGCGAGAAAGGCGCGGAAGACUACGGCCUCGACGUAAUGCUCGUUUACCCAGAGUCGAAGGAAUCGGCUGAAGACUGGCCAGCAAAGUUCCGAGCUAUCACAAAGUCAAAUGUGUAUAGCUUUCGUAUGCGGCCGAAGGCACUGUACCCAGAGAAGGAUUUUGAAAACUCUUCAGAAGAGGAUACAGAUCUGCCGACUGAUCCAAAACCAGAAGGCGCUUACGACAGGUCAUCGACAAGACUAGUUGUAUUUGUAGCUGAGACACCUGAGGCUCGAACUGUUUAUGACGAGGUGCGCCUGCCUGAGCCGAUCGUGCUCGACCACAUGAGAAGACGGAUACCUUUCGCUGGACGUGUCUAUGGCGUAAUCGAGCUGCGACGUAAAUCCAAUCUCGGAUUCACAUGCAUGCUCACGUGGGGGCAAUGGGGCUUGCACAACAUCGUGAAGAAUUACUACGGCUGCCGGCAUUCGACCGAUAUGUGUCAGUCUGCGAAACAACCGAGGAUUGUCACCAAUCCGUCAAUUGGCAUGGUUAUCUUCGUUACGAUUAUGUCCAUGUUGGACUACUGGAUGCAGUACGAUCUCAAUCGAGGGGACCGUUACCAGCGACUAUGCUUGCUUACUGGAAUCGCUGUGGCCUUCUUUGUGUCCUUCUUGUUGAGUCAGUCUGGUCCGUCCAUCAAAUCAAUAGUUACGUUGAUGGUUGCGAUGAACUUGGCGAUGACUUGCAGCGCUUUGGGGCACUUGAUCUGGCGGAAAUACUUCAGCACGUGUGAGAGGCGACUUGAGAUGAAGCUCGAUGAGUGGAAGGAGGAGGCACGGCGUAUCCAGGUUUACUCCCAAAAAGACCUCAAGCUCGAGUGCGAAGCCCAGAAGCCCCACGUUAUGAAGUUCCACGAGCUGGACUAG